AGGACUCUCAGGAGGCACAACCUCGCGAACAUCCCAGUCUUGUACCUUAAUUGUGAAACCCAACACCUUGUGAAAGUCCCCGGAAGUGAGCCGGCGGGGGGCGUUCCCUCACAACCACCCACCUCCUACGCCCUUGGCGCUUUCCGGCCUUUUCGGCUUGGCCGGAAAAGAGGCAGAACUCGGUGAUCUGACUGGCGGUUUCCCCGCCGGACUGAGAAGAGGAGCGUACCGCGGGUCGCGGGAGUACCUCCUUGGUCUCCUGCUCUCGCGACAUGGCCUUCAAUUUUGGGGCUCCCUCGGGCACCUCCGGCACCGCUGCAGCCACCGCGGCCCCCGCGGGAUUUGGUGGGCUUGAGACUGCCAACUCCACCGCCAGUGGGUUUAAUUUUGGGGGUUUCGGAUUAACUGCUAAUCCUGCAGUGAACUUUAAUAUUGGGAAUUUCGGUGUUUCUACUACCUCGGCGACUCCGUUCAAUUUUGGUAACAGUCUGGCAAGUGCAGGUGGGUUUGGAGGAUUUGGGACAACAUCUACAACUGCAGGUUCUGCAUUCAGCUUUUCUGCCCCCACUAACACAGGCACUACUGGACUCUUCGGUGGUACUCAAAACAAAGGUUUUGGAUUUGGUACUGGUUUUGGCACAACAACGGGAACUAGUACUGGUUUAGGUACUGGUUUGGGAACUGGACUGGGAUUUGGAGGAUUUAAUACACAACAUCAGCAGCAGCAAACUACAUUAGGUGGUCUCUUCAGUCAGCCUACACAAGCUCCUACCCAAUCUAACCAACUGAUAAAUACUGCAAGUGCUCUUUCUGCUCCAACGCUAUUGGGAGAUGAGAGAGAUGCUAUUUUGGCAAAAUGGAAUCAACUGCAGGCCUUUUGGGGAACAGGAAAAGGGUAUUUCAACAAUAAUAUUCCGCCAGUGGAAUUCACACAAGAAAAUCCCUUUUGCCGAUUUAAGGCAGUAGGUUAUAGUUGCAUGCCCAGUAAUAAGGAUGAAGAUGGGCUAGUGGUUUUAGUUUUCAACAAAAAAGAAACAGAGAUUCGAAGUCAACAACAACAGUUGGUAGAAUCAUUGCAUAAAGUUUUGGGAGGAAACCAGACCCUUACUGUAAAUGUAGAGGGCACUAAAACAUUGCCAGAUGAUCAGACAGAAGUUGUCAUUUAUGUUGUUGAGCGUUCACCAAAUGGUACUUCAAGAAGAGUUCCAGCUACAACACUAUAUGCCCAUUUUGAACAAGCCAAUAUAAAAACACAGUUGCAGCAACUUGGUGUAACCCUUUCUAUGACUAGAACAGAACUUUCUCCUGCACAGAUCAAACAGCUUUUACAGAAUCCUCCUGCUGGUGUUGAUCCUAUUAUCUGGGAACAGGCCAAGGUAGAUAACCCUGAUUCUGAAAAGUUAAUUCCUGUACCAAUGGUGGGUUUUAAGGAACUCCUCCGAAGACUGAAGGUUCAAGAUCAGAUGACUAAGCAGCAUCAAACCAGAUUAGAUAUCAUAUCUGAAGAUAUUAGUGAGCUACAAAAGAAUCAAACUACAUCUGUAGCCAAAAUUGCACAAUACAAGAGGAAACUCAUGGAUCUUUCCCAUAGAACUUUACAGGUCCUAAUCAAACAGGAAAUUCAAAGGAAGAGUGGUUAUGCCAUUCAGGCUGAUGAAGAGCAGUUGCGAGUUCAGCUAGAUACAAUACAGGGUGAACUAAAUGCACCUACUCAGUUCAAGGGCCGACUAAAUGAACUGAUGUCUCAAAUCAGGAUGCAGAAUCAUUUUGGAGCAGUCAGAUCUGAAGAAAGGUAUUACAUAGAUGCAGAUCUUUUAAGAGAAAUCAAGCAGCAUUUGAAACAACAACAGGAAGGCCUUAGCCAUUUGAUUAGCAUCAUUAAAGAUGAUCUAGAAGAUAUAAAGUUGGUCGAACAUGGAUUGAAUGAACCCAUCCACAUCAGAGGUGGUGUCUUUAGUUGACAGAUCACAACUUGUGUAGUAGAGGUUUGUGAAAAUGCAUCUUCUUACUGCAUCAGCCCUUCCUUAAGAAACUGACCAUGUGGAGGGAAAAAGAAAACAAUUCUCUCUUGGUUGGUUUUUUGAGAAGAUAACUGACAAAUUACUAUUCAUCAAAUCUGAAAUUACAUAGUCACCUCACAGCUCUUCAAAGAAAACCUCUGAAAGAUUUACAUCUAAAAGCUGUAUUUACUUUAAAAGGAGAAGUGCAUCAUUACCAAAAUUAUAUGUACUAUUGUACAUUUUUACAACAGCAUUUUCUUAAACAUAAACUGUGUUUAAUGAUUAUUGUUCACUGAGCCUGUACUCUGCUUUCCAUACCAAGUAAAUACAAAAUAAUCUACUUUGCACAUAACAGAAGAAACUUAAAUUACUUGACUGUUGGAGAUUUGUACUUCAGAGUAUAAUUGUACACCAGUUUUUAUAUUUGUGAACUCAUCUGUGGGAGGAGUAAAGAAAAUCCAAAAGUAUUUAAUGAUUAAUGUUUCCUUUUUGUUCUAUAAAGAUUUGAAUAUGUAUUUUUAUAUUAUUUUACUUAUUUUGAAUUUACAGAACACACCUAAGCAAUUAAGAUAUAACAAAAUUAACCAUUUUUUCAACCAUUUUGUUUUUUAAAACUUUUUAUUUCUAAAAAGAUGAAAACUUACAAAUAAAUUCUUAAUUUUUAAUU